AUGACUGAAGGAGAGAAUGUUGAAGUUCCGGCUGCAGAAACUGCCGCCAAUGCACAAGGAGAGCAAAACGAAGCUCAGGAUCAAGUAGAACAAACAGAAGCUGUCAAUGAAAAUCCUCCACCAGCCUCUGAGCAAAAUGAAACAGCACAAGAUCAAAAUAAUGAUCAACCAGAAGUUGCUCAAUCAAAUGAUCAAGAAAAAACUGAAAAUAAUGAAAAUAACAAUGUCACAGAAAAUCAAACUCCUCAAGAAAGUGAACAACAUCAUGAAGAAAACGCUGCAGAACAAAAAGAACCAGAAAAUAUCGAAGUUACUCAAGAAGAACACAAAGAUCAGCCAAAUGAUCAACCUGUUGAAGUUUCACAGGAACAAAAUACAGAAACUCAACAAAACCAAGAGCCAAAUACAGAAAAUCAACAAGAAGAAAAACAAGCAGAGAAUAAUGCAGAAAAUCCAGUUGAAGAAGCAAAAGUUGAGGCACGAGAAAUUACCCCUGAAGGAGAAACUGCUCCAAAAUCUGAGGAAACAGAAGCUACAGAAGCUAAAAACGAAAAUGAAAAUCAAAAUGUAGAAAAACAACAAGAAGAUCAAGAAAAAGAGCAACCCAAGCCAGAAGAAAACGCAAAUAAUACUGAAAAUGCAGAAAAUGCAUCAAAAGAAAAGAAAAGUGACGAUGAAUAUGAGUAUUACGAAGAAGAAGAGGAUGAAAAGGAUGCAUCAGCUAAGAAUCGUGAUCUCAAAACCGGAAACUCUGCAGAUCCAGAAAAACAAGGUCCACUUUCCAGUAUUAUCACAAAUGGAUUGACAAAACCUCAAGAAGAAGCAGAUAAACCAAAGCAGGAAGGCGAAGAAAGCAACGACAAGGCUCAGCAAGAGAAAUCUGGUCCAUUAUCUUCAAUUAUUACAGAUGCUUUGCAGAAACCUGACGAAAACGGCCCUGAACUAAAAGAAAACCAGCAAGGAAAUGAUGAACAAAAGGAAAAUCCAUCAAACGGCCAGGAAGAAGCUAAUCAAGAUAAAGAAGUCCCAAUUGUUGCAGUUGACAACAAAGAAGACCCACAGGAAAUUCAUAUUUCCGUUGGAGUACACGAGCCCGAAGAACCAGCCAACAAUGACGAAAACGAAGAAGAAUCUCCGAUCAGAUCUCCUCGUGGUUCAUCAACCCAACGUUCCCGCAGGCCAAUACCACCACGUACAGCCGAUCCAUUUGCUUUCCGACGCUCCAUGCCUGUUUUCAAAGCUCCUGAAGUUUCAAAGCAAGCAUUAGAGAUAAAGGCUAAAGCCCUUAAGCUAGAAACUCUUCCUGUAGUUCCUGAUGAGAUCUACACCCAAGCUAUCUACAGUUUGAGUGAAGACAGGAAGGCUAAAAUCCAAGAUCACAAAUUCAAAGAAGGAGCCACGGUAAACAAAGUCAUUUUACACAUCCAAGACAUGCAGCUUAAGCAGCGUAAGAUCAAUGCACAGCAAUCAGCCCAAAACAGCACGAAAGAACAAGAAGACGAACUUAAAAAGUUACUUGAUGAUUUUGACAAAGAGACAAAGAAGCAAACGAAAGAACUCGAAGACAAAAUCCAAGAUCAAAGGAACCAGCUCGUCGAGAAGCACGAGAAAGAGCUCGACGACCACGAGAAACUCUGGAACAGCGACCAGAUGAUGAAGAUGUUCAAUCACGUGAGUAGUUCCAUCUCAACAAUGCGUGCUCAAAUGAAAUCUCUUUUGUUGCAAUGCAGAUUUGAAGAAGCCGGUGCAAUUGAAGUGAUUGCUAAUGAACAGAAAGCGAAAGAAGAGAUGAUGAACCACGAAGUGAUGCAGACAAGAUUCAAUGAGUCCCAGAAGUUGUUGAUGCAAAGACAAAGUGAUGAAUUAAAUACUUUUGACGCAGCUUCUAAAGUCAAAGUCCAAAACUUCCAAAAUAAAAGAGCAAGAGAAAGAUUGCCUUUGGAAAACAAAUUACACAAGGUAGAGAACAUAAAGAACAUUGUAAAUGAUAAGGAGAGAUUGUGGAACAGAGAAAAAUUAAGGAGAGCAAAUGAAAUUGCUCAAACAAUGACGAGAUCAACAACUUUGACUCCUUCAAAUAGAAUCACGCCAAGAGAUUUGGAGGAAAGUAAAUUCGAGUUGUUGAGCCUUCCUCCACUUAAAUCAAACAGAAAGAAACCAAAACAAAAAGCAGCAAAGGCAAAGGCUACUUCUGAAUAA